UGUUAUCAGAAGAACCAUUAAUCUCUACUCCUUUGCCUCCCACACCCCGCCCUUGACGUCUCGUCUCCUUUCCCGCGUUGCAAGUGUCUCCUCCUCUUUGCUGGAGAGAGAGAGAGGGCCGUGCUAGUAGUUCAGGCGCCGUGGUUCUGAGAGGAGCGGAAAGAAACGGCCUGCAAGAGAGUAGCAUUGUUGGCCGAAGAACAGUUUCAAGUCGAGGUUUCAUUCCCACAUCACACCUUGGAGGAUCUCACAACCCCCUCCCCCCCAGGCCCCUUCCGCAUUUCGGAUCGAGUAGGUCUAACCAGGAGGAAAAGGAAGCCCCACCUUCAGGACAGCGUCUUCACUCUCGAGAGAGGGAGAGAUACGACAAUCAGGAAGGCGAGAUUCGACAGUCACCUACCCCCAGAAUUCGCCCCCCCCACGAUGGCCCACCAAAACAAACUGUCCAAGAUGGCGGGAGGAGCCAUGUUCCUCUCACUCGUGUUGGCUACACUGGUGCUCAUAUCAACACCACCCCUCAAACUGCGGCGGCCGGGAGAGAGCCUUCGUCAGGAAAGGCUCGUUCAAAAAGUUGAUGCUGAUAACCUGGACUGUCGUCCCAGAUGCAGGAUUCCCAGCCUCGUCAGUGGGAGACAGUUCUACUCCUAUUUUGCGCAAAAGGAAUACCAGUGUGUAAACCUAAGGUGGUUCGGGAGCGGCGACGGGCGUAAGGCUGUCUGCAUGGACGUCGAGUUCAACCUCGUCCCUGGGGACUGCCACAUCCUCUCCUUCGGGAUCAACAACGAGUGGUCCUUCGACGAUGCCUUCGCGAGGCUGGGAUGCAAGGUUUAUUCGUUCGACCCUACCAUGGCCCAAGAGGACCACCAGAGGUCCGAAAACGUCCAGUUCUUCAAACUUGGAAUCGGGAACAUGCAGGGGAGAAGGAAAAUUGGAAUGGGUCAAAAAUUUGAUUACUUCGAGGUGGACACUUACGAGCACAUCCUCGAUCGCCUGGGACUCACCAACACGACCAUCGACUACCUGAAGAUGGACAUCGAGCUUUCCGAGCUGGACUUCUUCCAGGACGUCUUCAGGAACACGCCCCAUCUGCUCAAGAACGUCAGGCAGAUUGGAAUGGAGCUGCAUCACGGAUACUUCGGGGAAGGGCUGGGCGAAAAAUUGGGCAAGAGGAACGACAUGGGCCCUACCAGCACCUUCCAGCUCUUCUGGCAAUAUUUCCACGAGCUCAGGUGCUACGGCUUCAAGAUCCUCCACGCCCACAAAAACAACCCCUGGACGGAAGUGGUGUGGGGCCGGAUUUAGACACCAGGUCCCGCUUGGGCGUCAGGGGAGGAUGUCUCCACCCACGGAGGAGGAAGAAGAGGAGGAUAUUGUGAUAUAUGUAGCCAAGAGAAUAAUAAAUAUUUAGACUUGA